AUGAGCAGUUCUGUUGUUCGUCGACAUAAAAUUCGAAAAUCACCACCGCAACCAUUAGAUCGACAUUUGGCUGAGAUCGGCGAUUCUGAUGGUUCGGUUUAUAUUAAUGCGGGUAUUGAUUCAACCUGUUGUAAAAAACGGGGAAGAACACUACAUAAACUUACAAAUGGGAUCAUGGUGUCAUCACCUUCAACUAAAACAACAACGACAACAAAACGAACGUUGAAAGAAUCAAGCGAUGAUUUUGCAUCGGAACUAAGUAAUGAUAGUUCGAAUGAUGAUCAAUUCGAUUCGAUAAAUACUCGGAGUUGUUCUCAUUGUGGCAAAUGA